AUGGCGGAGCUGGAGGUGGGGCAGCACUGCGGGGUGCCCGAGUGCCGCCAGCUCGAUUUUCUUCCUUUUGUAUGUGAUGGCUGUUCAGGCAUCUUUUGCCUUCAGCACAGGAGCCGGGAUGCUCAUGGGUGUUCUGAGGUGAAUGUAAGAAACAGUUCUGUGAAACCUGAUCAGCACAGAUCUUACCCAUGCUCAUACAAGGACUGCAGUGGAAAGGAGCUUUUGCCAGUGUUAUGUCCUUACUGUGAAAAACAUUUUUGUCUCAGACAUCGUCAUCAAUCAGAUCAUGAAUGUGAGAAGCUGGACACACCAAAACCUCGAAUGGCUGCCACCCAGCAGCUUGUUCAGCAUAUUAUAGAUUCUAAGAAGAGUGACGAAGUGAAAAGCAAAAAACGCAAAGGAGCAAAAAACAGUGAGACAGCAGCAAAAGUGGCAUUAAUGAAACUGAAAAUGCACGCAUGUGGGGACAAGUCCUUGCCUCAGACAGAAAGAAUUUACUUUCAAGUAUUUUUACCAAAAGGGAACAAAGAGAAAAGCAAACCCAUGUUCUUUUGCAGUAAGUGGAGUAUUGGCAAAGUAGUAGAUUUUGCAGCUUCCUUAGCAAGCCUUAAAAAUGACAACAACAAAUCAACAUCCCAGAAACUGAGAUUAUGCCAUACUGCCUCUGGAGAAGCCUUGCCAUUUGAGCACACACUGGAAACAUGGCUAUCUGAUAAAGACUGUCCACUGUACAAUGGAGGAAAUAUAAUUCUGGAGUAUCUUGAUAAUGAUGUUCUAUUUAUAGAAGAUACAGAAUCCUACUUUAGUUAGUCAAUACAUUUCCACAAACAAAAACAAAAAAAAAAUCCAGUAUUUUUUAUAAGCAUGGUAUUAAAGCAAGUCCAGUUUUCUUUUUAAAUCACUGGUAUACCAGAAUGUCUUCCAUUGUAAAGACACAAUUCCCAUCAAUUUCUCAGUUGCUUGACUGACAGAAGAACUGUGUCCUGAAAGGAAAAUUAUAAUAACUAGUAUUACCAAUAUUCACAUUCUAGAAUAAAUUCUUGCUCUAUUGAGCUGUAUUAUGUCAAGAAUUUUUUCCUAAAUUUGGUAUUUAUUUUUGUGUAAGUGGUGGGGACAGUAUGUUUUAAUAAAUAAAGAAAAUGUAAA